UGCUCAGUAGCUUCCACUCUUCCCUGUAGGCUCUCUGGUCGGUCCGUUGAAAUAUCGCGAUAUCUGCCUCUCUGCUCACUACGUAAUGUGCCGUGCUGCUUCUAGCGGCGCUGGUGACAGUGCUGAAAGCUGUUGGGUAUGAAGUGAAACGGAACUGAAUUUUUGUACCAUCCGGAACUGCUUCAAGUUCAGAUCAUAACAACGAAACUGAAGACAAACCUCCCUCAAACAAGCAAAGUUGCAACACUGAAGACACGCAGGGGAAAAAAAAUAAAAAAGGAUCACUUCAAGGCUUCAAAACGCAAGAAGUAACCAAAUCCUGAAACGACCAAAGAAGACGCACAUUAGCUCAACCGAAACACAGAAAAGAAGCAAGCCUAUGCCCAUGCGUAUUCUGAAUAACUGAUCUGAAACCAGAAGUUUGUGCCUACUCAACAGCUUUGACAAAGCACACGUCCCAACGCUGCUCUUAGCCCUCCUCAUCCUCACCACACCUCAGACUCACCGCCGGGGUGUGGAGUGGGCUGCUAUCUGCUUUUUUUUUUCUCCUCCCUAUAGUUCCCCCAACCUAUCCUCUUCUCACUGUUUUUCUUUGUAACAUUUUCCAAGCAGUGUUAUUGCACCUGCGUUUGCCUUUUUUGUGCCAGACCCCCUCCUCCACACAUAAUUUUUUGCUUUGUGCAACCAUCUAGAACUUGUGCCAGAAACGUGUAACAAGCGUGUGUGUGUGUGUUCAACUGUGUGCAUGAAGAGAUCUGCAGGAACUGUAUAGUCAUCAAGAUCCAGAGAAUAACAAGAUACAAGACAACAAAUAAAGACAUCCAGCGGUGUAUCGUUGGAUGGUAACAUUAAUAAAUACCGCUUAAACGUCAAGCAAAAAAACAUCAAAACAAGUAAUCAAGUGCUCAAGCAAGUUUGGUCCGAGUUUAUGGGAAAAUAUGGGCAGCCCCUGGAAAGGCUUUGUUGAGUUUACCUUGCCUGCGUCGCCACCCACCGCGUUUGUUAGCGCUGACCUGAGCAGCACCUCCCCUGUCGGACUCAGCCUGUCGCCAUAUGGCCGCUCCAUGAGUUUUGACCCAGGAAUGCUCCAUAACAAUGGACACACUGCAUACGCCAAUGGCUCAGGACCAGGCAUUAGAGAGACUGGCGUGGUGGAGAAGCUGCUGACUUCCUAUGGGUUCAUCCAGUGCUCUGAACGUCAGGAUCGUCUCUUCUUCCACUGCUCUCAGUACAAUGGCAACCUGCAGGAUCUCAAAAUAGGAGAUGAUGUAGAGUUUGAGGUAUCCUCUGACAGGCGCACUGGCAAGCGCAUAGCAGUGAAGCUGCUUAAGAUAAAGCCAGAGGUGCUGCCAGAGGAGCGCAUCUCGGGCCAGGUGGGGCCAGACCUGCACGCCUAUCCCUUUACUGUGCUGCAUGGUUAUAUUCAUCCAGUUGUCUCAUCAAUCCCAGUGCACUUGGAUGGAAAGUCUGGCCCUGUGCAGGUCCCCAAUGGCAGUGUCUGUUAUGAAAGAAAUGGGGAAGUUUUCUACCUUACCUACACUCCUGAAGAUGUAGAGGGUAACAUCCACCUGGACACGGGCGACAAAGUCAGCUUUUACAUGGAGACCAACAAACACACUGGUGCCGUUAGUGCUCGUAAUAUUCAGCUGGUGAAGAAAAAGCAGAUGCGGUGCCAGGGUGUGGUGUGUGCUACAAAGGAGGCCUUUGGAUUCAUCGAAAGGGCUGACGUGGUGAAGGAGAUUUUCUUUCACUACAGUGAGUUCAAGGGUGAUUUGGAGGCUCUGCAGGCUGGAGAUGAUGUCGAGUUCACCAUCAAAGACAGAAAUGGUAAAGAAGUAGCUACUGAUGUGAGGCUGCUCGCCCAAGGAACGGUCAUUUUUGAGGAUAUCAGCAUUGAGCAAUUUGAAGGCACUGUCGUCAAGGUCAUUCCCAAGGUUCCCACCAAAAACCAGAACGACCCUCUCCCAGGUCGCAUCAGUUCUCGCAUUGGUUUCACUGACAAGGAGCUGCCGUUCGGAGAGAAGGACACAAAAUCCAAGGUCACCCUUUUGGAGGGUGAUCACAUUCAGUUCAACAUCUCCACCGACCGCAGAGACAAGCUUGAGAGGGCCACGAACAUCGACGUCCUCCCAGACACCUUCGACUUCACCAAGGAGACUCGUGAAAUGGGGGUGAUUGCGGCUAUACGCGAUGGCUUUGGCUUCAUAAAGUGUGUGGAUCGGGAUGCUAGGAUGUUCUUUCACUUCAGUGAAGUGCUGGAGGAGAGCCAACUGCACAUCUCGGAUGAAGUGGAGUUUACUGUUGUGCCUGUAGGUCCUGUUAAUAAGAUUUUCACCAAAGAUAUGCUGUCGGCUCAGAGGAACCAUGCCGUGCGCAUCAAGAAGCUGCCCAAGGGCACAGUGUCUUUCCAUACCCAGUCUGAGCAGCGCUUCAUGGGUGUUGUGGAGAAAGAAGUUAUUGCUGUCAACACAAAGAAUGCCAGUCCUACAAAGGUGAAGGAGAAGUUUGAUGUGUCCUUUUGGCAGGAAUCGGAGGAAGGAGUUAUUGGAUAUGAUGACUGUGGAGAGAAGCUCACUGUGGCCUACCAUACUAAAGACCUAGAGGGAGGAGGCAUCCCACAGGUUGGAGACAAGGUGGAGUUCUCCAUCAACGAAGUGAAGCGAACCGGCCAGCAGAGCGCAGUCUCCAUCAGGGUCCUCAACCGUACCUCCUCCAAUGCCAAGAGACUACAUGGAUUUGUUGCCACACUGAAGGACAACUUUGGCUUCAUUGAGACAGCAAAUCAUGAUCAAGAGAUAUUCUUUCACUACAGUGAAAUGUGUGGAGACUUGGACAGUUUGGAGCUGGGCGACACGGUGGAGUACACGCUCUCUAAAGGAAAAGGAAACAAAGUCAGUGCUGAAAAGGUUACCAAAGUGGCUGCAGUGAAUGGCAUUGGUGAGGAUGUUGGUGCGAAUGUGAUGAUGGGGAAAGUCAUCCGUCCUUUACGCAGUGUAGACCCCUCCCAAACAGAAUACCAAGGGCUUAUUGAAAUCACAGAGGAAGAUGGAACAAAGGGUCCAAGUUAUCCCUUUGGAAUCAUGGGUAUGGCCAGCAAGGCAGAUUGUCUGCAGAAAGGAGAACUUGUGAAGUUCCAGGUUUGCACAGUAUCCCAGACUGGACAGAAGAUGGCCUAUACUGUUGUCCCCCAGCGUAGAGCCUUGGUGGAGUGUGUCAAAGACCAGUUUGGAUUCAUCACAUAUGAGGUCGGUGAGAGCAAGAAACUGUUCUUCCACGUAAAAGAAGUGCAAGAUGGCCUGGAGCUCCAAACCGGUGAUGAGGUGGAGUUCUCGGUCGUCCUUAAUCAACGCACAGGGAAAUGUAGUGCCUGCAAUGUUCGCAGAGUCAGUGAGGGGCCUAAACCAGUGGCAACUCCUCGCCCUGACCGUCUGGUGAACCGAUUGAAGAGCAUCACCCUUGAUGAUGCCAGUGCUCCUCGUCUGGUCAUCGUGAGACAGCCCCGCGGUCCUGACAACUCAAAGGGCUUCAAUGUGGAGCGCAAGACUCGACAGCCUGGCGUCAUCGACUGAGCAAUACAGAGCCUAACACCCCACCCCCCAUUCAGUGUUGGUGGGAUUUGGCAACUGCAGGAGAUAAGGGAAUUUGAUUUGACACAUGCUUGUACACACAAACUCAAACAUAAAUCACGAACACGCAUACAGUAAUUGGCAUGUGUAAUCUUUGUCCCCCUCGAUACCUGCGAGGGAUACUGUCAUUUCAUGGUUCCCUGCCUCCCAUGUAUGAUGUACUUGAUAUGGAGUCCACACUGCAGUGUAUCUCUGUGUGUGUGUGUGUGUGCGCGCCGUAUCCUAGAAGUGAUAAGUGUGUAAUGGAGGUAUAUGUUUCUGAGAGCCUUGCCUCUCUAAAAUCAGAGUGAUGACUGUGUGGCUGUGUUUGUCCCUCUCUUUUGAUUCUGCUUUGUCUGGAGUUCUGCACCUGUCCUCUGUCCUGUAGUCUGCCUGGGUUGAUGAGUGUAUGUCGGCAUGUCUUUGAGCUUCUGCUCCCGUUUCUUUUUCUCAUGUUGGCCCCUUAAUCCAUCGAAAUUUCAAAUGGUUUCAUUUGUCAAGUUUCCACUUUCUGUAUGCUUUCCUACAAAACGUAUAUAAAGCAAAGUUCCCUCCAUAAGGAGGAUCAUAUUUCUCAUAUGUGCGAGCUUAAACUGAGGAUUCUUCGCUGCUCGUUUUUUUUGAGCAGUUUUAAAAUGCUUUAUUGAAGAGCUGAAGUGAAAGCAUGGUUUGUGAUGUAUGUGAAUGUCAAAGUAGAUAAUCUAAUGGGUUUAACCUUAGCAAUCUCGAGCCUUUGGAUACCUUUUUGGUAUUCACAUGCACCACUUAAGCAAAUUUUCCCGGGUGCAGAAUUCCUUGUGGCAUCUUAUAUCUGCAGUUCUUUUAUACUAUGUUUUUUUUGUUUCUUGCACAUGUUUUUGCUUUUGUUUUUUUCAUUAAAACUCAAUCUGCUAAUAUUGAAUUAAGUAAGAAUAAGGUGCCUAAAAACUACAAGCAAAGUGACAUUAAAAAAAAAAAAAAACGUAAAAAAGAACAAAAGAAGUAUCCUGUUCCCAGCCAACCGCCAAAAUAUUCAGAACAAUCUUAGGGUGGCUAUCUUUUCUAGUAGAGAUAAUACUGAUAUGCAUCCCAAACCUCUGGGUUGAACUAUACUGUAUGUAAUGUGUGCAUUUUUUUUAUUUUUUUUUCUUAGAAGUUCAAACUUCAGAUAUAAAGAAACAAAUUUAACUUAAAUAAUAUGGGAGGUAAAGUAUUAGAAAAUACAGUUUAAAAAAAACAUUAAAAUUCAGGAUAUCAGUUAUAGCGCUCUGGAGAAGUGGUGGGUGAACUGUUGUGCCUCUGCACAUUUAAGUUGCAGUCAAAAUUACUUUCAACUUCAGAAAUCACCAGGGUUCAGUUAAACCACAUUCAGAGGUUCUCAUGUACUUUUGUUAAUGGUCUUGAAUGAAACAAUUGAAUUAAAAGUUUUAUGAAAAUUA